GAUGACGGACAGCGCAUACAGGAGACCAGCGUCUCCGCGGUGAUCGGCUGCGUGUAACGGACGCAUGGAACCAACGGCUCGCGCAGGCUGUCGCGCGCCCGGCUAUUUGAAUAUACGCGGAGCGGAGAUUGGCUGCAGACCCUCCACCCCACAUCCGGGUUUUUCCACAGUUCUCGCCCUUACUAGGCGGGGUGGGCUUACUGCGCAUGCUCCUCGGUGUCUGUUUAUCGCAAGCGAAUUUUAAAUGGCUGGUGUCGAGGCUGGAUAUUUUGUGCGGGCCUUAGAGCUGCGGUCCGGUGCCGAGCUCCGUAUCAAGCAGUGUGAUACCGGUGAUGUGGGCUGUGUGGUUUGGGACGCGGCACUGGUGCUGGCCAAGUACCUAGAGACCAGCUCCUUCUACCGGGAUGGCCUUCACACCUUUACCGGGAAGAGCGUGGUGGAGCUGGGCUCAGGCACCGGACUAGUGGGCCUGAUGGCUUCAGUUCUGGGGGCGCAUGUCACAGUCACAGAUCUUGAAGACAUGCAGGAGUUACUUAACAUAAACAUCAGUGAUAACAAGCACUUGGUUACUGGUUCUAUCGAUGCAAAGGUACUUAAAUGGGGUGAAAGUGUGAAAGACCUUCCAUCUGACCUAGACUACAUUCUUGUGGCAGACUGUAUUUACUAUGAGCAGUCUUUAGAGCCUCUACUGAGGACGAUGAGGAAGCUUGCAGGGAAGAAUACCUGCAUCAUAUGUUGCUAUGAAGAGAGGACAAUGGGAAACAACCCUGAAAUAGAGAUUCGAUUUUUUAAGCUUUUGCAGACUGAUUUUGAAAUAGAAGAGAUUCCAUUGGACAAGCAUGAUGAGGAAUACAAAAGUGAAGACAUUCAUAUUUUACAGAUAAAGAGAAAACGAGAUCAUUAAGGCUGCUUUUGUUUUCAAAUAACCAAAAAGUUUCAACCAUGAUGUAAAAAGGCAGUUCUUAUAAGAGUGUUAUUAUCAAUAACCACUACAGAAAUAAAUAUUUUUUUUUUUAAACACAUUGUGAAAUGACAUUUAGUCCUGUGGAUGUCGCCUUUCUGUUCUUCAUAGAAUGUAAUUACAUUACAUUAUUACUUUUCAGUUGUCAUCAAUAUUAUCAUUUCUAGCAUUUAUCCUGGCUGUUAUGCAAGCUGUAUCAUUUAUGUUACUGAUUGGGUUGAAACUGCAGUUAAUUUAUAUAAUAUUGUAGGAAAGAGGUGUUUGUUCUCCGGUUUCCAUUUGUAGGUUUGUUGUCAUGAGUUGUGAUGUGAUACAGCACAUUUUAAUGCUGAAUUCUGAUGGAUCCCUGGUACUUUCUGAGACCAUUGUUCUUUUGGAUUUUUCUUAAAAUUCUCUGAAAAGAUAAUUCUAAGUUUGGUUGGUUUUCAACAAGAAUAUUGUUGAUCAUGUUUGAAAACUGCUUUAGUAACCUUUUUGUAAUGGUAAUAGGCACAAUAUAUUCAAUGCAGGUUUGCAAAUGACCUGAUUUUGAAAUUCUCUAAUUAUGAAAUUAUUGAAUAAUUACACAUGUAUUUUGCACUUCUCCUGUAAACCUUUGAGAUGUAGGCAUUAGUUAGUUUAUUUCAACUUUGUUAAAUUUGCCUAAACUAUAGGUUAUUUUGUUAUGUAAUCUUAUUUAUUUUGAGUUUUAUACAAACAUUUAAAUAUACCUUGUUAUUAAUUACAGUUGGCACAUUCAUAUAGGAGAAGCCAAAUGUAAAGAAAGUUAACUUUCCAUGUCUGACUCUUGGGUUAAAUAUGUUUAUUUGAAGUCAGUAAUUUUAAAUUCUACAAUUAUUAAAUGUGUUCAUCAAUUGUGUGUCAAUAGAAACAAGGCUUCAUAUCAAAGGUUUCACUACAAGAAUACUUUCAAGCAUGAUAUGCAAACCCUACACAUUGACUGUAACGUGUGAGUGUUAAUAGCUGGUGAAAGAGGAACCAACUCCUGUAACUGAUAUGCAUGACCAGAAUGACCACUGGCUGCAGUUUGGAAACAGGUGCCAGGUAUGUGAUGCUUGCAACAGAGUAUGCCUCUUCAGGAUUAGACUUUACAGCCGUUGGGAAAGGUAUACCCACCCUCCGCAAAACCUCCAACCAAUUGGAUUGUUCACUGCAUUUCUGUACAGUCUCAUAGAUGGAAAAAGGAUGUCAACAGCAUAUUUUCAAUACAGCAUGAUCCAUGAAUUGUAGUUGGUUUUGAUAUGUACCAGUCUUUUAUUUUAGGCAUUUAGUAUGAAGUAAAAGCACUUUUAAGCCAAGUCUAGUAUAGCUAAUUGCAGCUUACAGCUCUGCCUGCUUUUAUUGUGAGGCUCUUGCUGCUGUUUAAAAAUGUACCUUUUAAAAGUUAUCCUAUAUUAUAACAUUCUUACCAUAUCUUAGGCUUAGCUGAGUGACAGAAUUUCUCUAUAACUUUGCAACAUUCAUUUUGAUCACGUAGAUGUUAGCAUAUUGGAGACAAGCAAAUCGUCAUUGGUCUUGUUGGAGAUUAAAAUUUCUGAUGAAGUUGAUGGACCGGCUAAAUAUAUGGAUGGAAAUGUCUGUUUUAAGACUAAAUUGAUAAAAGGAGUAAUUUUGGUGAAGUCAAAAGGCUUCACAUGAAUGAAUGAGACAAAUGAAUGUGUAUAAAGUUUAAUAUUUAAAUUGAAUAUUUGUUAUUUCUUAAAAAAAACAUAAGUUGAAGUUUUAUAUGAAUUCUUAACUAUUUUAUUGCCCAUCCCUAAUUACCCUUGAGAGCGUCGUGGUGAGCU